UAAGCGCUGCCAUUAAUCAAAAGAAAAGGGAGGUACCAAUUAUGGGAACUCCACCUGACUAUCAAAGGAUAUACGAACUCUCUUGGAGUGAUGAACCAGAAAUACGACCAUCCAUUGCAUAUGUACAUAAAGAACUUGCGAGAAUGCUUGAGGAACGAAGGGUCGUUGAUUCAACUGUUACCCAAAAUAGACCUACUUCUGAGCAUCCUAGAUCAAUAGAUUUACAAGAGAAGGUACAAACUAUUCACCAACGAAACAGUGAUCCAAUUAGUUCAAACAAAUCGAAUGAAUUGGAGUGCCCUCGAAUUUAUCAAAAUAGUACAAGCUCUCCUAUCCCCGGUGAUUAUUCAGCUAACCAAAAUUUGAGAUACCCUAGCCAUGAAGUUUCACCGUCUAUGAAUCGAGACAGCCGAGGAAAUAUACUUACUGAGAAACCUCCCGAUAUCUCUUCAAGACCAAAAUACGAAAAAACACAAUUCCAAAAUUUCGAUCAGAACCAACUUCCUCCCACGUUAAUAUAUCCACAAAAUCCAUUGGCAUUUCCACAUUCACAAAAUUCAUCAGCAUUACCACAUCCACAAAAUUCAUCGGCAUUACCACAUCCACAAAAUUCACAAAAUUCAUCGGCAUUUCCACAUUCGCAGAAUCUAAUAAGCCCUACGACUCCUGCAUCUAAUAACCCACCUCUUGCCUUUCCUACCUCAAUUCCUCUUUAUCCACCAAUCGGUUAUAUGAACAAUUCUCCAUUCAACAGAUUUCCGGAAAACUCGACACCUCUUCAGUUUAAUCAGUUUAAUCCACUACAAGUAAAUCCCAGAUAUCCUGGAUAUCCUCAGGAAAACUUGACACCUUUAAUGAUUAAUCCAUUACAACAAGUGAAUCAAUAUCCAUCACCAACCGAUUAUCCACUGAUGAAUCGACCUCCAUCAAAUGGUUAUCCUCCACAAAUGAACCAACCCCCACAAUCGAAUGGUUAUCCUCCACAAAUGAACCAACCCCCACAAUCACACUCAAACGGUUAUCCUCCACAAAUGAACCAACCCCCACAAUUAAACGGUUUUCCACAAAUGAAUCAACCACCACAAUCAAACGGUUUUCCACAAAUGAACCAAUCCCCACAAUUAAACGGUUUUCCACAAAUGAACCAAUCCCCACAAUCAAAUGAUUUUCGUUCACAAAUGAAUCAAUCUCCUCAACCAAACGGUUUCCCUCUGCAAACGAGUCAACUUCCUCAACCAAACAAUUUCCCUCCGCAAAUGGGUCAAGUAUCACAACCAUACGGUUUUCCUCAGGCAAAUCAACAAUCAAGCACACGUUUUCCACAAACGAAUCAAUCUCCACAAUCAACUAGUAUCCCUCCAUUAAUGAAACCCCCACAACAAAACGAUUUUCCUCCUCAAAUAAAUCAACCUCCACAACCCAACGGCUACUCUCCAGAGAAUUCGUCCCUUUUUAUACCAGUUGAUCCCGUUAUACAAAAGGAGGCACGAUGUAAAAAAGCGCUCGCAGAAUAUUCCAAGUUGUAUAGGAAUGAGACGGGUUAUGUUGAACCUACCGAAUGUCAUGCUGGAUAUCACGUCAGUGUUGGAGAUACGGAAGGCUUGGUAGACCAUCUCGAGCUUGGUGCUAAAGUAGAUGAUACGUACCAGUUCUUAAAUAUUACAGAAUCUCUUGUGGUCAUCACGGUUAGAUAUUGUGGUAUAGAGUUUAUGCAUAAGAUACUCUUUAGACUUAAACAAUAUGAUGCAGACUUUUCCGUGGUCUCCAGUGGUUCAAACAAGACGGCGCUUCAUCAUUUGUUUGAAAAUAAUUCUAUCUACAAAAAGAUCAACGAGUCCGUAAAAGAGAAUUAUAAAAAAGCUAUCAGUUUCCUUGUAGAAAAUGGUUGUAACAUCGAUGCUUUAGAUAGCGAAGGAAAAACAAUCCUAUCAUACUAUCUUGAGCAAAGUAAUCCCACCUUACAAAGAAAAUACGAAGCAAUUAUCUCGAUAUUGUUGAGAAACGGAGCCAACCCAAAUAUUAGCGUCCAUAUAAGGUCAAUUCCGGAGUUUAUAGCGCCCAAUUCUUUAUUUAUGGCGGUCAAAUAUAAUUGGUCAAAAAGCAUAUUUGAUCUAUUAUGUCUGUAUGGUGUUAAUUCGGAAGAAAGAGAUAAUAGUGGAUACAGCAUUCUGGUAUUAACAAUGAAUGUGAAUCAAAUAGAUAGGCUUGACAAAGUUAAAUGGGUAUUGGAGAAUGUUUAUGCAGCAAGCGAAAUGAAAGACUUAGAAAUGGCUAUGAAAAUGGUGAAGCAUAGUUCUAAAGAGUACGAUCUUCUGAAGAUGUAUACCAAAAAAGAAAGUGCAAUUCAGAGAAAACAAAUCAUCGAUGCGAAUAAAAGAAUCAAGGUUAGAAGUCAGGAGGAAAGAAGGUGA